UUUGAAAUAUUAUAAAUUAUACGUCCUUAAUCAGGCACAUUAUAUCAGGGACAAAUCCGUCAUUUUGUAUUUUCCUGACACGGCAAUAUAUCAUUCCCCGAAGCACCAUUGCCUACAGACAGACACGAACACGAUCUCCCCAACACCAACAGCCUCUCUCCUCCAGUCGGAGAGCAUUGUAAUCUGGAGAUUAUUCGGAGGCGGAGAUGAGAGUUCUGAGAACUCCAUGCGUGGAUGUCCGAAAUCUCCCACCUCCGCCGUCCUCCUCCACCGCCGGCGUCGCCGUCUCCGGCCGUUGCACCGCCUUCUCCGACCCCUCCGCCGAAUCCGAUGAUACAACGUGUGGAACGCCCACGUGGAGGAUCGGGAAGACGCUAACUUGCGUGUGCUUCAAGCGAAAGGGAGCUUAUCAACGCAUCUGCUCUAACUUGACGCCAUUACAGGUGGAGGAGAGACUGAAGAGAUUGAAGCACAGAAUGAAGGUUUACUUUGAUGCUUCAAGGCCUGAUCAUCAGGAAGCGUUGAGAGCCUUAUGGUCUGCAACGUAUCCUGGUCAAGAGCUCUCGGGUUUGAUAUCGGAGCAGUGGAAAGAGAUGGGAUGGCAGGGAAGGGAUCCAUCCACUGAUUUCAGAGGAGCGGGAUUCAUAUCGCUGGAGAAUCUCCUCUUCUUCGCCAAGACAUUCCCGACGUCGUUUCAGCGCCUUUUGAACAAACAAGGAGGCAAAAGAGCGGCUUGGGAAUACCCUUUCGCUGUUGCAGGCGUCAACGUAACCUUCAUGAUCAUGCAGAUGCUCGAUCUCGAUGCCUCGAAGCCAAGAACCUUUGUCCGGUCGGUCUUCUUACAGAUACUGUCCGAGAACGAAUGGGCAUUUGAUUUGCUCUACUGCGUGGCUUUCGUCGUUAUGGACAAGCAAUGGCUCGACAGGAACGCCACCUACAUGGAAUUCAACGAUGUACUGAGGUACACGAGGGCGCAAGUGGAGAGGGAGCUACUGAUGGACGACGUGUUUCGGAUAGAGGAUAUGCCUUCUUACUCGCUUCUCUCUUGAUUAGCCUUUCAUAAUUUCAUUUAGAUUAGACCUUAAGAAAGAAGACAAAAAGGUUUAUUUAACCUGUUGCGUAUGGAAAUUGGAAUCUCCCGACCAACAAAGCUUAGUCUUCGAGUGGUUAUUAGCUUGUCGACCGACACUUGGUCUGUUGACGUAUAAUUUUGUAUUUUGUCAUAUUGGAUUCCUGAGAUGCAAUUUGCUUAUUUUAUUGGGUAAACUUGGAUA